UACUCACUGGUGUACAGUUUCACUCACUUUUGUUAACAAGAUACCUGCAUCGAUCUUUGAGUCCGGAAGCGUGCCCAUCACGUGCAAACAUCAGCAGCAACCUUCUUCAUCCAUCACAUCCCACUACAAAAUCACUGUUCAUCUCACUGAACCAUCUUUGCACGCCUGCUAAACUCUAAAAAAACCACCUUUUCUUCUUCCUGCUUCAUCAAUGGCUUCCAUUUUCACUUUCCACAAAUACCCUUCUCAGAACACCCCCCAUUUUCACCCACCCACCAAGAAACACACACAUUGUUUCACCUUGUUGUUACACCUACUCAUUUCAUUUUCAACCUGUUUUAACACAUACCCAUCACAAAAGACUCUUCCUUUUUCAACAAAAAACCAAUCUUUACACAAAUGCAACACUGGGUUUAACAAAAAGAAACAAAAAUGGAAGAAAAACACACACUUUUUCACCUUACUAACACACCUACUCAUUUGGUGUUUACCCUUUGUUGUUUCAAGCCAAUCUUGGGAUGGGAUAAUAGUCACAGAAUCAGACUUACAAGCCCUCCAAUCUUUCAAACAAGGGUUAACUGACCCAAAUGGUUUCUUGAAAAGUUGGAAUGAUAGUGGGUAUGGAGCUUGUUCUGGUGGGUGGGAAGGGAUCAAGUGUGCACAGGGUCAGGUUAUUGUGUUACAGCUCCCAUGGAGAGGUUUAGGUGGUCAAAUCACUUCAAAAAUUGGUCAAUUUCAAGCUCUUAGAAAACUCAGUCUUCAUGAUAAUUCCAUUGGUGGUUCAAUCCCAAAGGAGUUAGGGUUUUUACCCAAUCUUAGAGGGCUUCAGUUGUAUAAUAAUAAGUUUACAGGCUCAAUACCUCCUACAUUGGGUUCAUGUAAAUUGCUUCAAGAUCUUGACUUUAGUAAUAAUUCAUUGGUGGGUGGAAUCCCUGAUUCCCUUGGGAAUUGCACUAUGCUUUCUAAUAUCAAUUUGAGUUUGAAUUCUUUGUCAAAUUCCAUUCCUGUGUCACUCAUGAAACUGAAUUCUCUCAUGUUUUUAUCUCUGCAGUAUAAUAAUUUUUCAGGGGUUAUCCCUGAUUCUUGGGAUAAACCCUUGGUCAAAUCUUUGACUUUUGACCAUAAUUUGUUCACUGGGAGAAUACCUGUGUCUUUAAGCAAGUUGACUGAUCUUGAAGUGAUUUCAUUCAGUCAUAAUUUCUUCACUGGGGAGAUUCCAGUUGAAAUUGGGAAACUUGUUAAGCUUAAAAGUUUAGAUCUUUCUUAUAACUUUAUUAAUGGCAGCAUACCGAACAGCUUUUCUGGUUUGAGGUCACUCACUUCAUUGAAUUUAGCUCAUAACAAUCUCACUGGUCAAAUCCCAGUUUUCUUGGGUGGUCAACUGAAUCUUGCAGUGUUUAAUGUGUCCUACAACAAUCUAUCGGGUCGUGUCCCGGAUCAACUCUCGUCGAAAUUCGAUCCGAGCGUUUUCGUCGGUAAUCUUGAUCUUUGUGGGUACGGCCGUUCCGCCACGUGCACCACGUCUCCGGUAGAGAGCCAGAGCCAUCACCGGAAAACGAAUACGAAAAAUAUCUUGCUUAUUUUAGGUGGAGUUUUGAUAGCAGUGUUUCUGUUGGUUUGUUGUAUACUUUUGUGUUGCUUGUUAAAGAAAGAAGACAAUGUGAAGGAAAAGGAUAGUGAACAAGGUAGAGUGGGCCCUGCAAAGGAAAUUCCGGUGGAGGAGACUGCGGCAACGGCGGCAGUGGGGGCAGGAGAGGGUGAGGGUGGAGGGAAUCUUGUGCAUUUUGAAGGUGGGGUGGAGUUUACGGCGGAUGAUCUGUUGUGUGCGACGGCGGAGAUAAUGGGGAAGAGUACUUAUGGAACUGUUUAUAAGGCUACUUUGGUGGAUGGGAUUCAAGUGGCUGUAAAGAGAUUGAGAGAAAGAAUUACAAAGAACCAAAAGGAGUUCAGAAAUGAAGUAAAUUCACUUGGGAAGAUUAGGCAUCCGAAUUUAUUGGCGAUGAGAUCUUAUUAUUUGGGUCCAAAGGGGGAGAAACUUCUUGUGUUUGAUUAUAUGCCCAAAGGAAGCCUUGCUUCCUUCCUCCAUGCUCGAGGACCGAAUACGCCGAUUGAUUGGCCAACAAGAAUGAGAAUAAUGAAAGGGAUGACAAGAGGUUUAGUCAACCUCCACACACAACAAAACAUAAUCCAUGGAAACCUUACAUCAAACAAUGUUCUUCUUGAUGACUAUCUUAACCCUAAGAUCGGGGAUUAUGGGUUAUCACGGUUAAUGACAAAUGCUGGGAAUAUGAAUGUGGUUGCAACCGCAGGUGCACUCGGGUACCGGGCGCCUGAGCUUUCCAAGCUCAAGAAAGCCAGCACCAAGACUGAUAUGUACAGUCUUGGUGUCGUCAUGUUAGAACUCUUAACCGGAAAAUCACCAGCAGAGGUGGAUGAUGGUGUUGCUUUGCCACAAUGGGUGGCGUCGAUUGUGAAAGAAGAGUGGACUAAUGAGGUUUUUGAUUUGGAGUUGAUGAAGGAUGCUACUGCGAUCGGUGAUGAGUUGUUGAACACUCUGAAACUUGCUUUGCAUUGUGUUGAUCCAUCUCCAUCUGCUAGACCGGAGGCGCAACUAGUUCUUCAGCAGCUAGAACAGAUUAGACCAGAAACCGCCACAAGCUCCAGCGAUGAAGGUGGAGGUGGUGGUCCUUCGACAAGGGAAUGAAUUUAGGUCAGUAGCUUGUAUUCCAUCUGCUCAUUCUUGAGUUUUUUUGAGGUGUUGUAAAUAUGAGUUCAUAAACUUGAUUCAGUUUCUUAAGUAGAAAGUUUUGGUUGUAUUUGUUUUCGGUAAUAACAUGUGAGCAUGGGUUGAUUUGA